ACCACUUGCCUGACCUUAUUCCGUGGUUGGCGGUCUUUUAACUAUAUCUAUCUCACGUCGGAGCCUCAAUUUCUUUCAGCACUCUUUCCCAGUUUCCUGUCUUCAUUCCCAGUCCUUUUUUGAGACCGACAGAGGACUUAUUUUUGAUCAGAUGACGUUUAAUCUACGCCGCCAAUACAAUGAAUGUUGGAACUGAUGGUCACGAACAUCGGUCACCUCCGCGUCAAGACUCAGCCGAAGGCGCCGCCAAAUCUCUAAUAAGAUCAUCUCCACCGUCGCUUCCGGGUGAUAUCUCUCCAGCUGAUCCAUCGACUACAAACCCAGUUAUUCACUCGGCCAGUGCCUCUUUCUCGCAUGUAGGAAGCGCCAGUGCGCAUUCUCUGGAAUUCAAUCUGUCGACCGCGCCGGAGAAUCGCCUUGACCAGCAAUGGGAGGAAGACUGGGGUCAAGAGAUUUCCUCGACUCGCCCAUCAGAUCUAGAAGCCAUCGAAAACCAAAGAAACCAUGACGAGAAGCAUGAGCUAGGCGAUGAUCACGAUAUGUCUUUGCAGCAUCGGCCAGAAAAAUUCCAACUUAGUCCGACGCCGUCCGAUGACGGUCUACCUCUAUUUCGGAGCGCCAGCCCGGAUCAAGGGGCCUCCUCGCCCCAUCAAUCAAGCGUGGGCUCGGAGGAUGCUAACUAUGGUCGAGAAUCCGCGAGACAGUUGAGCGAGGAGCCAAGGCUGCCAGAGGUUGGCAUUGCAACAACCGAAGAAGAGAUGAUAAUCAAUGAUAUCCACAUGAUUUAUGCCGGUCUUGACAUGUGCGAGAAAGUAGCCAUUAGAUAUGACGAGCAGUUUUCCGCCAUGGACACUGUGGCCUCGCAAGUUCAACUUGAAAAACUUACCCAAGUGCAUUUGACGCUAGUGAGUGAGCAGCAUGAUUUCUUCAGAGCCUGUUCAGAUCCGGCUGCAGGCCCCAGUGUGAAAACCCUGCCUGAUGCAUACAUGAUGCCAACUCGCCUGUGGCGCUACGGGAUUCAUGACUACUUGGAAAUGAUGCGUCACCAACUCCCUGAAUCCCUCGAGUACAUGCUUGGCUUUAUACAAGACGUCUAUAAAACGAUGGCCUCUAUGGUAUCAGAGUUUCCUGCCUAUGAAGAGACCUGGUUGGAGUGCUUGGGGGAUCUUUCGAGGUACCGAAUGGCCGCGGAAACCACUGACACAGAGGACCGUAGGCUGUGGGCUCGCAUUGCAAUGACUUGGUACAAUCGAGCAGCCGAUCGGAACCCAGGCAUGGGAAAAUUCCAGCACCAUCUUGGAGUCAUGGCUCGACAUGAUGUCGCACAGAGACUCUUCUACUACACAAAAUCUCUACUUGUCCAGCAGCCUUUUCUGGGCACAAAGACGAGUAUUCUCGACAUAUUCAAUCCAUUUCUUAGAAAUUUCAUGGCAAUGCGCCGUAUCCCACCAGUUGGCCCAUUCAUCGCUGCCCACGCAUUCCUUUUUACCGGAGACUUUGGCGACAGACUUUACCAUUCCGUCAAUAUUUUCUUGUCGCAUCUGGAUCAAUACGUGACUCACCUCAAUGAGAAAUUCAUCUUGCAAGGGUUCUUCAUAUCAUCCAGUAAUAUCGCCGCGAUAAUGGGAUACGGGCACGAAGAUGCACUUCUACCACCUGAGUUUGAUGUAUCGACUGGGUUACCGUCAGCAGACCCCCAAGACUCUUCUACAGCGGCAGCUCUUCGCUGGACUUCACCUGAUGAUCUCGACACGGUGCAGAUAGACUUACUCGCCUAUAAAGAGUCGCCAAACAUGGCACCGACACUAUUUUAUGGCUCUUAUAUGGCGUAUCGGACCAUGUCAGUGCUUCUUGAUCGAAUAGGGGACCAAAAUAUCUACGCAGCAUGCCAUGUCUAUCUUGCAUUUCUAUGGUGUCUUGCAUUGACUCCCGCGGGAAUGAAGCAUGUGGAGGCCGUCGUACCGUGGAGGAACAUCUCAAGAUUUCUGAAUUCUUUAUUUCGCAGCUAUAUCAAACCGGGUAUCGCCGAAAAGCCAGAGUUCCCAGUCUCCGAGGAAACGACAUGGGUCGCCGAGGACUACCUUAUUAGAGGACACUGCUGGAGCGAACGCUUAUACCCUCCAUCGUUUUUCGAUGGUGCGCCUUCUGUAGACGACAUGAGGAAUGACGAACUGCCGUCUCGUUGCAUCACGAGGAUGUAUAGGUGUAUAUGGUUAGGUGUGAGGCUCUCCACGUUCAACCGCUGGAUAACAUACGAUGCCGGUUCUCACAAAUUCUCCACAACUCGAUUUGCCCUGGAUCUAGAAACGAUUGCCGAGAGAAACGAUCCAUUUGCUAGUCGAAAAAGCUAACACAGGCAAGCCGCGCAAUGAGCGAAGGUAUCCAUGCCCUGAACAGAACACAUACACGGAAGGUCACAGGAUGGGACUUUUCCCCUAUUAUAUCGUCCCAGUCACAGCGG